AUGGCGAUGAACAAGAUCCGCGGCGCCUUUGCGGUGCCCCGGAAAGGAGAGACAUUCGAAUUGCGAGCUGGCCUUGUUUCCCAGUAUGCGUAUGAACGGAAGGAAUCCAUCCAAAAGACGAUCAUGGCCAUGACACUGGGAAAGGAUGUUUCGGCCCUGUUCCCAGAUGUGCUCAAGAAUAUUGCUACGGCCGAUCUUGAACAGAAGAAAUUGGUCUACCUUUAUCUCAUGAAUUACGCCAAAUCGCACCCGGACCUAUGUAUUCUUGCUGUGAACACCUUCGUCCAAGACUCCGAAGACCCCAAUCCAUUGAUUCGUGCGUUGGCAAUCCGGACAAUGGGUUGUAUUCGGGUGGAUAAGAUGGUUGAUUACAUGGAAGAACCGCUGCGCAAGACCCUUCGAGACGAGUCACCCUAUGUUCGCAAAACCGCUGCAAUCUGUGUGGCCAAACUUUUCGAUCUGAACCCAGCAAUGGCUCUUGAGAACGGAUUCCUGGAAAUGCUUCAGGAGAUGAUUGGAGACCCCAACCCGAUGGUUGUCGCCAAUUCGGUGACCGCGCUUCAAGAGAUUCAUCACACGGCACCCGAGACACAGGCUCUGCAAAUUACAGCUAACACUCUACGGAAGAUGCUGAUGGCUUUGAACGAGUGCACGGAAUGGGGCCGUGUUACUAUUCUCUCAACUUUGGCUGAAUACAAGACCUCUGAUGUUAAGGAGUCAGAGCACAUCUGCGAACGAGUGGCUCCUCAAUUCCAGCAUGUUAACUCCGGUGUGGUUCUUGCAGCAGUUAAGGCUGUGUUCUUACAUAUGAGGAACGUUAGCCCUGAAUUGUCAAAGACCUACCUCAAGAAAAUGGCCCCACCAUUGGUCACAUUGGUUUCUUCGGCCCCUGAGGUGCAAUAUGUCGCAUUGCGAAAUAUCGACCUUAUCUUGCAGAAAGAGCCUGAUAUUCUCAACAAGGAACUCCGUGUUUUCUUCUGCAAAUACAAUGACCCGCCAUAUGUUAAGUUCCAGAAACUUGAGAUUAUGGUGCGCAUAGCGAACGACCGUAAUGUGGACCAACUCCUUGCUGAGUUGAAGGAAUAUGCCCUUGAAGUCGAUAUGGACUUCGUCCGCCGAGCUGUCAGAGCGAUUGGCCAAGUUGCCAUCAAGAUCGAGAGCGCCAGCGAGCGGUGCGUCAACACAUUGCUGGACCUCAUCAACACCAAGGUAAAUUACGUCGUUCAAGAAGCGAUCGUAGUCAUCAAGGAUAUUUUCCGGAAAUACCCUGGUUAUGAAGGUAUCAUUCCGACUCUUUGCCAGUGCAUCGAUGAGUUGGACGAGCCCAACGCUAGAGCAGCACUCAUCUGGAUUGUUGGAGAGUAUGCCGAGAAGAUUAGCAAUGCGGGUGAUAUCUUGGGUGGCUUUGUGGAUGGUUUCAACGAAGAAUUCUCUUCGACCCAACUGCAAAUCCUGACAUCUGUCGUCAAACUUUUCCUUAAGCGGCCUGAGAAGGCACAGGGCCUUGUGCAGCGUGUUCUCCAAGCUGCCACAUCUGAGAACGACAACCCAGAUGUCCGCGAUCGAGCAUACAUCUACUGGCGUCUUUUGUCCAACACCAGCGAUUCAAAUGCGACCAAGAACAUCGUGCUCUCGGAGAAGCCCCCCAUCGUUACCACCAUUCACUCACUCCCGCCGGCGCUCCUCGAACAACUUCUCUCCGAACUCUCUACUCUAUCUUCCGUCUACCACAAGCCUCCCGAGCAGUUUGUUGGCCACGGCCGAUUCGGCGCUGACGCCGUCAUGCGCGCUGCUAUCGAGUAUGUAUUCAAAUUCUUGUUUCCAUUGAACGUAUCGUUAAUCAAUCUACAGGGAACAAAUCCAAAACGCACGCGAGAACCCAUUGGCUGCGGCGGCUGCCGCUGCCGCUGGCGGCACCGCCCCCCUGCGCAGGCGCAAAACAACGUCGAGAACCUGCUGGACAUCGAUUUCGACGGCGGAGCCCCUGCCUCGGCACAAACCGAGCCUUCCAGCGGCAUGUCCGGUCUGGAGGGUCUGGCUGGCACCCCCGUACGGGUAGCGUCACCUGUCACGGGUGCCCCAACAAACCAAUCCAGCAACAACCUGGAUGACCUAUUGGGCGUUUUCGGGGACUCUAGUGCUGCUCAGCCCUCUUCCAGCGGCCCCAGUGGCGGCGGUGGCACUGCAGACCUCAUGAACGGAUUCUCCGGUCUUGACCUCUCCGGCAACGCGGAUUCUUCUCAAAACAACCAGUCUAAGAAAUCCAACGACGAUAUCCUGUCGCUCUUCUAG